AUGGUCGAGAGCAAGCGACCUCGACCAGGCUGGGUGCACCCUACGGAUGCCAUAUUGCUAGGAGGCUCAGAUCAAAUCUGCCUGGUCGAUAGAUCUGACGGGGAUAAGAAACUUCAGUGUUUUCUUGACAUGGUGCACCCGCUGCAUCCUUUCCUUGAUAAAAAUGAACUCCUUGCACAGUACGAAGAAACCAUGAGCCGAGGGUUUGAUUCUGGGAACCAAACAGCCCUGAUUAUGGCUAUUCUAGCCCUAGGCGCGAUUUCCUCAGACCCAAUAGGCCAUCCCUCGGAGAGUCGACAGGGACAUCUCGUUUCGGUCGAAUUAGAGCAUUUCAAUGGCGCAGAGGCGGCGCAAGUCACUCAAGCACUCCUACUUUGUGUCCUUUACUUCAACUAUGCUGGGGAUCCAUUAAUGGCUUGGCGGCUCGUGCACAUGGCAUCAACGAGUAUCCAGCAAGUCUUGAAUCGUGAUCUUUUAGCCGAGUUUCACCAACCGAGGAGCGGAAUCGAGCUGCUCGUUGACAAGCUACCAUUCCCAGAUUAUGGGGAGUCUCCUGGCCCGGAAAACCUUUAUGUCUUAGCUGAGAUAUCAGCGAGGUUGUUGCUGAAUCGGAUCCACCACGCCCUCUUUCACGCUGAUAAUCUUGCAGUCUAUGCUGGAGCCGCUUCGGAGAUCCCAUCCUUUCACCGCCAGCGUAGCACACAUAGCCCUAACGCGUCACUACUGAGGGUCUGUGAUGAGCUUGAGCGCCAAUUGCAGAGCUGGUACGAUUCACUGCCAGAAGUCAUCAGACCGGAUAUUAGCGGGACAGGGAACAGCGAGAGCCGACAUGCCUCGGUGCUAGAGUUAAGGUAUUGGUCUACCAAGCAGAACAUCUACCGAAACUUUGUCAUCUACGUAACCCAAGGCUCUUCUGACAUUGGGAACAUCAUGGAUUCAGGCACUACUUCCGCUGCCAUCCAGACAUUCCUGUAA